GCCCGGCAGCCCCGGCCGUGCGGUGGCCGCCCUGGGGGACUCGGCCGCCCGCAGCCUCACGCCGGAGAUGCCGCUGCUGCUGCGGGAGCUCCUGGGCAGCGGCUCCACCGUCCGCCCGCGCUACAGGCUGUCCUGGGCGCUGGUGGGGAUCCUCGCAGAGGAUCAGCUUUCCGCAGCAGAAGAUAAGCAGGAGUAUCAAGGGAAAGGAGCAACAGAGUUAGCCAUAGCCCAGAGAGGUUUCCUCACAUACGACGACACCCGUUCUACUCUACUACCCGUUAUGCUUUCAGUGGAUGAGCAUACCUCAUAAUGCAUUUAAAGUGGAAGUGUCCAAAGGAAUAUUCUUCAUCUGGUGGAUGAAGUUACAAGUUGGUUACCUGGUGACCUGGUAUCAUCACUGCCAGUACAGACUAUUCUAUGCAUCAGGCUGAAGAGUUUAAUCUCCUUUCUUGUCCAAGGAAAAACAAUCAAGUGAAAAUUGAUGGCAGUCCACUUUGCCUUUACACUGGAGAAGCCAUAGAUGGUGUUGAUAUGAGGGCAGAGGUUGGUUUUCUGACAAGAAAUACACCUAUACAAGGAGAAAUGGAAGACUCCUGUUACGGACAGUAUGAAUGCCAGUUUUUCUCCUUUGAUACAUUUGGAGAGCACAUUAAAAUCCUGAGGAAUUUUAGCUCUGUUCACACGUCAGGAGUGAACAUUGGACAACAAAUCCCAGGCAGUAAGCCUGUGCAUUUUCACCUGGCUGAGGAUGUGGAUGAGAGAGGAGGAUAUGAACCCCCAAUGUACAGUGAUAAUCUGGAUCACCACUGCUUCUCUGGGUGUGUCACCAUCCAUGGAACCCAUGGCAUCCUGUUGCAGCCCAUCAAGGGGAAAUUACAGGAUAUGAUUCCACGAAAUGGAUUUAUUUCAAGUAUCCCUCUGUAUACAAAAAUAACCAAGGCUGUCAGCACGUUCUGGAUUACAAAUCCAAACAACAACUUAAUAGAGAAUGCAGCGGCUGGUGCUCAGGUAAAACCGAUAUGGUGCCUCUUCCACUGGGUCCCCACCAGGCAGCCUGAGGGAAGAUAUCCAGAGGGACGAGCUGAGCAUAUCCCCUUGGGAGUAUUUAAGGAUAAUUGGAGGCAUGUGCAUUUCCAGGCUGGUUUAUUUAUUGGAAAAGGAGUAGAGACGAGGAGAGCCAAUGUUGAAGAUCCCAGGGAGUCUCCCACUGUCGAUAAUGCCAGGUUUCACCCACAUCAAGAUGCUGAUCCUGAAAAGCCACAAAUUCCUGCCUUGAUUGAUGGUCUUAUUGCUCUUAAAAAUAAUGACCAUGGGGCCUGGGCCAAGGCUGGUGACAUUAUUUUCUGUAACUCAAGGUUUUCAGACAAUGAAACUGGACUCACUCUGGCAAGCGAUGGGACUUUCCCGACAGGCAGCUGCUCCAGCCUGGAGGUUACACGCUCCAUUUUUGUUGGAGAAAGCAGCAACUUUGGCUCCCAGAGAGGCCAAAACAGCUACUGGGGAAAAGGGGCACAUGGAGAACGCAAAACACUGCCCAAGUCAUUCCCUACCCAUGGAUUCCAGAUUUAUGAUGGGUCUGUCAGCAUGGCAAGAUGCACUUUCAAGAAGCUCAUCCUGACUCUUGGAAGAGGCUCAAGGGCCAUCGUGCUCGUCAUGAAAAACCCCUGGCAGAUCAGCCCCCAGAACAAGGUAUCACAGACACCGAUGGACAAAAAUCUUUAUAUCCAGGCCAGAUGCCCCAGGAACCUGACCUUGUCCAUUGCCAGAGCAGCAUUCCCUCCCCAUCCCGCGUGGCUGCGAGGGGUAAGGGGAGCAGUGUUCCAGCAGUGCCAGCCUGUUGUCAUGCUCGAGCAGGAUUAUAUCCUCCAGUGGAAUGGCAGAGCACCUGAAGAUGUCAUCGGACCCCAGCAACUUCAACAGGUUGCUAUCACCAGCACACCCUCAGUUGGGUACAUAAGAAUCCCGAUCCAGUCUCUUGGCAGGGCAGACAUACAAAACCACUCUACAUCCGCAUUCAUGAAGAUAAAUGGCACAGUGCUCCUCUUCACUAGCACUGGAAUAUUCUUUGUGGUGCUGGAUGUGUGUUCAAGAGCAGUCGUGGACAGGCAGCACUCUGACAGAGUUACCAGUGAAAACACUGCCUGUGCAGUAACUGGGUAUGUUCAAACAUCCAUAAAGGAGAGAUCACUUGUCCUUGUGUGCUCUAGAAACAUCACAGACAUACUGGGCAGCUCUGAAAUGUCUUUUCUUGUUAGGUUAAGUUCAGCAAAGCCCAUUAUCUUCCACGGGGGAGGGAGUUUUGCCGUGCUUGGCUAUAAAGGACAAGCCAAACCAGACUGGAUUAAAGUCUUUAGUCACGCUGGUUAUCAGAAAACGGCUUCUCUACAGCAUUAUGUUUCCUUGAAGCUGAAAAAAUAUCAGUGUCCUGAUAAUAGAGUUGAGCCACUAAAACUUGUUUUUUCUCAGACCUGCUUGCAGCACAUCCCUGCAAAGGCUGGGGCGCCCCGGGGUUAGCACUGCUGGGGAGCCCCAACCAGGCAGAGCCCAGCACCACCACCAAAACCUGCUGUUCUUACAAGAUUGUACCAAACCCAUGCUGUUCACUUGUAUA